AUGCAGAGAGAUGAUAAUCUGAUUGCUGGCAAUAGGCUCUAUGAUGCGAUCAAAAAUUCGGAAAAUAUACCACGUUCACGAGUGUCUUCAUUAUCCUCCUUCUUUUCUACUUCCUCAGUCGAUCAAAAAUCUCAUAGUGUUUUUGGUUUCAGAAAGUUUGCCAAGACCUAUCUUUUAGGCUCUGGGAGAAGAACUUCGUCCAACGUGGCAGAUCAUCGGGGCUCUAGUCUUACCUCCCGUCAGAGCAUGAGUCGUUCGAAUUAUGUUGAUGGACUUCUUCCAGCGAGGGCUCAGGAAAGGACAACAUAUGCAGAUUUUCAUCGGCAGUUAAACAUGAAUGAAUUAAGCGCUAAAAUACUAAAGGCCGCUGAGGGAGUGGUCGAUUACCAUCUCGAUCCCUAUGGGGUACCUCAGAGGGUUCCUGACCUUUUCGAUGAAGAAAGUAAAUCGGAAUCUGGUGCAAUUAUACAUUUCAACUACGAUUCAGGUGAAGAGGAGCCUCAGGAGGACGAGGAACCUUCAAGAUCGAUUGUUUUGGCAAACAUACCGAAUAAUACUGGGCUUGGAAGCAUUCUCUCACAGAUAUGCGGAGGGCCGUUGGAAUGUGUACUUCCUCGCCGGAAUGAAGGCGACAACCUCUUGAGACAAGUCCAAUUGGAUUUCCUCACGACAGAAGGAGCUAACGCUUUCAUGAAAUAUGGUAGCACUAAUCUUUUCAAGAUCAAUGGUGUUCACUUGAUACCUGAAUGGGCAAAGCAUACAGAUACCAUGUUCCCAGCGUUGAGUGCAGAGCUCUUUGAAGAAAUACCAGAAAUUUGUCGUUGCCUAAUAAUGAAGAAGUAUAUUACCAAUACCAAAAGGUACAAGCACGGGGAUUCUUCAAGGGAGAGAGCUCCCGACGUUUUGGAUGUGGCAGAAAUAAGGCACGAUUUUGGGAUUUUUGGAAAGGUUCAAGAUAUUGCACCGAUCGUUUCGAGAAAACUCUGUAUUUCAAUCAGUUUCUAUUCUGUUCACAGCGCCAUUCGUGCAAUGGAUGAUUAUGAGGAUCCUAGUUCUGCCUUAUAUAAAAAAUACUUCAAGAACUGGGCCGUUUGGUAUGGCAAGGACAUUACAGAUCGACCUUGUAUCGAAUUAUAA